AUGGCGUCUGGAUAUGGAUUGACAGGCGGCCCAUCCCGCUGCUUCCCCUUCUGGCAGGAAGUGCUCGCCUGCUACGUCGUCAAUACCAACUCGGAAGACGAGUCCGGCAAGAAGAAGUGCGCGCCCGUGCUAGAAGACUACUACGAGUGCCUCCACCACAAGAAAGAAGCCGCCAAGGUCCUCGCCCUACAACACGCGUACAGACGGCGGGAAGCAGAGACAUCACGAGACAAUGCGCCAAGCGCGGGACAAAUACGCAGUCUGGGGCUGUUAGAUAAGUCGGCGGAGGAGCUGGCGGUGAACAAAGGAACUGUGCUGCCUACGCUAGAAGACAACAUGGCGCGGCCGAAGGGGCAGAAGCCGAUUGUGCAUUGA